AUGCCAGGUGAAGUGAUUACCCUCCAAGUUGGCCAAUGCGGGAAUCAAGUUGGUUUAGAGUACUGGAAUCAAAUGGCUCUAGACUUCGGGCUAGCUCCAGAUGGAACGCCCCAGCCCUACAAAAGUGACGAACUUGCUUUUGAAACAGAUAGCCAAGCAUUUUCCCAAAAACCCCCCUCUCAACGUGAAGACGUUUUGGAGUCGUUCUUCACCCUCAGUGAGCAGAAUAAGUAUACUCCCAGAUCGAUCCUAAUAGAUUUAGAGCCCUCAGUGGUGACAAAAGCCACUGCGAAGCUUCCGAUGUUCAAUCCAAGAAAUGUGCACCUUAGUGAAACUGGAAGUGGUGCAGCUAACAAUUGGCAACACGGCUAUGCGUAUGGAAGAAAUCAUGAAGAAGAACUCACGAACUUGAUAGAUAGAGAAUUGGAUAAGUGCGAUAAUUGUUCUGCUUUCCAGCUUAUGCAUAGCGUUGCUGGAGGCACGGGCUCGGGGGUGGGCAGCUUGUUGCUUGAGCUUUUGAAUGACAGGUACGGCAGCAAAAAAAUUGCUAGCACCUUCUCUGUGUUUCCUUCAAAUGAAAAGACUUCGGACGUGGUUGUUCAGCCCUAUAAUACCAUGCUUACCCUACGGAGGCUUAUUGACUUCGGUGAUGCUACAUUCGUGUUCGACAAUGAUUCGCUAAACACGUUGGGCAACAUGUUCAUCGGGUCUGGCUUGGAAAAGAAUUUAAACUGCUCAACUGCCUUCGAAGGUGCCAAUAAGCUCAUAUCAUAUGUCGCCGCUGGGAUCACAAACCCACUAAGGUUUCCAAGCUACAUGUACAGCUCCUAUGAAUCAAUUAUCUCGACAGUGGUUCCGACGCCAGAGCUCAAAUUUCUCCUGUCAUCAAUUGCUCCUUACUCAAACAUCCCUGGUGUCGUACCAGCCCAGAACUACGUCAGCUUGAAUGAAUAUGACAUUAUUCUUGAGCUCCUUAAUGACAAGUAUAAACUUAAUAGCUGCAAAGAGCCUCUCAAGUACAUCAGUGUACUUGACUAUGUCAUAGGUAGCAAUCUUGACCAAAAAGAGAUCAGAAGAGGUAUAAUAAAGGCCCAGCAGCGCGUGUCGUUUGUACCAUGGGCGCCACACUCAAUAGGCGUUGUGAAUGGAAAACAGUCCACUUUCACCAAGCCGAAGAGCAAACGAUUGAGUGGAAUACAGAUUUCGAACAACACUUCAAUUGUACAUCUAUUCGGAAAAACUGUGAAACAGUACGAUUUGCUUGCAAAGCGAGCUGCUUACAUAAAUUUCUAUACCGCAUCAAACGAUGCCUCUGAGAGACAAGAAGUCUUAGAUGCAUUUGAAGAGUGCAAGGAAAGCGUUCGACAAACCAUUGACGAGUACAAAGCUUGCACUAAAGAAUCCUAUUUUGGAGACGACAUAAUGGACGAAGAUAUGUUGUAA